UCCGAACGCAGCCUAACUGAUUAAACUGUGAUCGAUGUAGAAUCGAAUUGAAGACUUCGGUGGAAACUAGACCAUAGUGGGAAUUGUGAGAUUGAAUUCACGGAAAAUAAUGAAAAGAACGAAGAUUCAACAAAAUAAAAUUAAAGAGGAUAAAAAUGAUAAAAUGGAAAUGAUGAUAUCGGAUGAAAGACCAAAACUGAAUCUCAAAUCUUUACGAAGCCGAAAUAUUGAAACUGUAUAUAAUAUAUGUUCUCAAGUUACUGUGUCCUCUAAAAAAUCCAGAGAUAUACAGAAAGAAAUCAAAAGGAAAAUUCAUGUUAAAAGAGAAAAUGAAGUAAAGAAAUUGAAAUCAAACAUGAAUCCAGGUAAAUGGAAAAUAAAAACCAUUGUAGAUAUGCAGAUGAUGAAGGCAGAAUUGAGUCAAUUAGAAGAUCCUCCUAUGACACUCUGGGAAAAGAAAUUGUCUUCUAACCGACUGCUUUAUGAAUUCUUUAACACUCCCUGUGAAGACCUAGCACAAAAACUGCUAGGAAAAGUACUUGUACGAUAUCUUGAAAAUGGAACUAUCCUCAAGGGCAGAAUUGUAGAAACAGAGGGAUAUUUGGGUACAGUUGACAAGGCAUCGCAUUCUUAUCAGAAUAAAAUAACCCCUCGUAAUUUACCAAUGUAUAUGCCACCAGGGACUAUUUAUGUUUAUAUGACAUAUGGCAUGUACCAUUGCUUUAAUAUCUCUAGUCAAGGUGACGGAUGCGCGGUACUGGUGCGAGCUGUCGAUCCCCUGGAAGGUAUGGAACACAUGGCUGAUCAACGUAACAUCUUGAAAACUAGAAAAGUUGACUUAAAGCAACAUGAAUUAUGUAACGGUCCGUCGAAGCUCUGCAUGGCGUAUCAGAUUAAUAAGCAGCACAGCAGAUAUUCUGUUUGUACAUGGAAAAGUCUAUGGAUUGAGGACGACAACGUAUCAAAUGCCAUCAAGAUCGUCAAAUCUACCAGGAUCGGAAUUGAUAGCUGUGGUCUAGAAUGGGCCAAUAAACCUUUGCGCUAUUAUGUUUAUGGCAAUAAAUCCGUUAGUAAGAGAGAUAAAAAAGCAGAAGCACAAAUUUUUUAACUCCUCGAGGUUGAUUGUUUUUAUAAGCUCAAUCUGCGCGUGUGCGCGUGUAUUAGAGAUUAUUUAUUUAUUGAUUACAUUUAAAAAUAUCCUUUAUGAUUUAUAAAGCAAAAAAAAUAGAUAUUUUAAAGAGUUAAUAAAUAAGAGAAUUUAGAAUUAUAUUAGGGAAUUACAAAGGAGGCCGACCUAAACAGAGUUUUCUCGUCAAGAGAUAUGUCGUUCUCUAUCAUUUUUAUUUAUUUUUUUAGGCAAUCAAAUACUUUAUUUUCGUGUUCUUAAUUUAUUAUGUAAGAAAAGUUAAUAGUUUCAAGCUAAUGUUCAUCAGCCAAUUAAUUAUUUAUUUAUACAAAAAUAUUGGUAUGUAUAAAGUAUAAAAGUAUAAUGGUGUAAAUUAAUAGUUAUUUAAAUUAUAAAAUAAUAAAUCUGCGAAUAUUCAAUGAAUUUGGGA